AUGUUAACUUCACUUUUCAAAACAGAAUCAAGUACGUCAUCAUCAACACCGACAACAAUAUCAUCAACCUCAGCAUCAUCAACUUCAACAACGACAUCAUCAACAACGUCAUCAACAUCAGUAACUUCGACAACAACAUCAUCGUCACCAACAUCAAAAACAACUUCAACUUCAACAACAACCUCAACAACAACAUCAACGACAACAAGUGCCUGCAACUUGUUUCUUAAUCGAACUACUUACUCAACUGGUGGAAAGCCAUGGUCAGUAGCAGUCAGCGACGUGAAUAACGAUAACAAAUCUGAUAUUAUUGUUGCAAACUAUGAUUGGAACAACGUCAGUGUUCUUCUUAACACAGGCAAUGGCACCUUUCAUGCUCAAACUACUUAUUCAAUUAGCUCUGGCCCAUGCUAUGUAGCAGUCGUUGACGUCGAUAGCGACAAUAAGCCUGAUAUGAUUGUUGCAAACUUUGAUUCGAACACCGUCAGUGUUCUUCUCAACGCAAGCAACGGCACUUUUAAUGCUCAAACAACUUACUCAGUUGGCACGAACCCAAUAUCAGUAGCAGUCGUUGAUGUGAAUAACGAUAAUAAACCUGAUAUUAUUGUUGCAAACUAUAAUUCGAACAAUGUCGGUGUUCUUCUCAACACAGGCAAUGGUACCUUUAAUGUCCAAACUACUUACCCAGUUGGCACAGGUCCAUGGUCAGUAUCAGUCGUUGACGUGAAUAACGACAAUAAACCUGAUAUUAUCGUUGCGAACUAUGGUUCGAAUACCGUCGGCGUUCUUCUCAACACAGGUAAUGGUACCUUUAAUGCUCAAACAACUUAUUCAGUUGGCGUAGGUCCAAGAUCAGUAGCAGUCGUCGAUGUGAAUAACGACAAUAAACCUGACAUUAUUGUUGCAAACUCUGGUUCGAACAACGUGGGUGUCCUCUUACAUUGUUAA